AUGUAUGCUCAGAAAGAUGUUGUUGAACAAAUUAUGCAACAAUUAGCAUUUGAUGUCGAAGCUGUUCCUAGAAAUAAGUCAGAUAAUGCCACCAGUGCCUCUCAAACUAAGCCACUUAAUGUGAAAAUAAGAGUAAGGAAAAAAGAUGAAGAUAACGAUCAAGAAUACGCAUCAACAAAAACAGAACAUAGGAAAGAUUUACAACAAGUGCGACUAGUGAGCAGUGACCAAACGAUCAUAAAUUUCGAUAUUUACGUGGAUGCAGAAUUUGAUAAAAAGCCACCACCGCGGAAAACCCGUAAACAAAUUUUCGAUAUGCUAAAACCAGGGUCGCGUGUAAGAGCAUUGGAAGAUGAUGAUACUUAUAUACCUAGUUCAUCAUAUAGUGCUAACAUAAUUGAACCAAGUCAAACGACCAAAUCAAGUAGUACAUUAACGCACACAUUUACACUAUCCAAAAACGUUAAUCAAGAUAACAUUGUCAAAACGCAAUCUGGAGAACAAAAAUAUUUUUUUGGUAAAUGUAAACCAGGAGGAUGUUUAGAUCCACCUUUCAAUGAGGACAAAUAUUCUUAUAAACCGAGUAGAAAACCUGAGCCUGAAAAAAAUAUACCUGAAAACGUCAUUCUAACUGAAGAAAAGACUCCAGAUAAGGAAAUUGUCGGAUGUGAUACCGAUAGUAUUAAGCAACCUAAUAUACUUCGCAAUCGCGAAGGCUCUAAAGGUAGUGCAAAACAAAAUUCAAUAUUUGAUGGAAGCUUCUUCAAGAAAAAACGGAAAUCUAGUGAACAAUCCACAAAUACACCACCACUAGAACAAAAGGAUUCAAUUGUUAACAUUUUCCAAGGAGAACCAUCGGUUAAUUCCCCAAGCACUCAUUCCAAUUCCAUUAUAACUUACCCUCCACAAAUAUCAAGUGGUUUAAAAGUUAGUGAUCAUAAAGUUAAAAGCCCCAGUGAAGAUAAACCAAGAAAAUCUUCCAAUGAACAUUCAGAACCUUAUUUUACUCCUCCAAAAGGCGUAGCCCGUGAUAAAGAAGAUGAUAAAAUAAAACGGAAUGAAACAAAACGUCAUUCAUCUGACAAAGAUACUCCCAGAGAAUAUAAGCUCCCUGGAUUCAUGCCUGUACCUAUUCCGAUUCCAAUAAAAUCUAAGAAACCAGACUCUGAAAUUUCUGCACAAACUAAUGUUAUUUGGACCUCAAACGAUAACAAAAUCGCUGAAAUUGUGAAUUCGGAACCAAGUCAAGACUUACCAGACAAUGUAAACUCAAAAAGUACUCAAACACCAUAUCUUCAGUUGCAAGAUUCGUCUACAGGAGAUGCUGUAGUAGAUCCCAUCAAGUCAUUUAAAAUAGUUUAUUUAGAUCCUAUUGUCGUAGGUGAACCACCAAAUAAAAAUGGGGAUACAGAAUCAAAGUCAUCUCGGAUAGUUGACUUACAAAAAAACGAAUUAAAGGAAUUGUCUGUCGCAAGUAUAUUAGCAGGUAAAACCUCCGAAGUUAGAAAUUUGGAAAAAUCAGAAAGUAUAGAUCACAGUGUUGUUACCGAAACUAUUGAAAAAACGGAUUCAAAAAGUGACACAGAACCACAAAGUGACAAUGAAGCAGAAUUUAAAAAAGAUAAAUAUCCCCUGGAAAACAUUGAAAACAAAAUAUUCCCAAUUCCAAUAAAUAUAAUAGGCGAAGCAGAAGUCACACCCGACGAAGUAAAUUUAAAACAAACAAAUUCAGGACAGAAUGUACCAGUAACAGAACACUAUCUCCGCUCCGGAGACAUUAAAAGUACAGAUACUCGAAUCCCAUUACAAACAGAAAAGUCUGAAGAUAAAGUAAGAGACUCCAUUUCCGAAGACAUAGAAAAACAUAACAGUGUUUCAAAUCAAACACACUCAGAUAGUCAAAGUUUUGAUACGUCUGAAGGUAAAGCAAGAGAAUCCAUUCCUGAAGACUUAGAAAGACAUAACAGUAUCUCAGAUCUAACACAUUCAGAUGCCCAAAGCCUUGAUGCGUCUGAAGUUAAAGCAAGAAAGUCUAUUCCUGAAGACAUGGAAAAACAUAACAGUGUCUCUGAUCUAACACAUUUAGGUACUCAAGGCCCUGAAACCUCUAAAGUUAAAGCAAGAGAAUUCAUUCCUGAAGAUAUAGAAAAACAUAACAGUAUCUCAGAUCAAACACAAUCAGAUGCUCAAAGCCUUGAUACGUCAGAAGUUAAAGCAAGAAAGUCCAAUCCUGAAGACAUAGAAAAACAUAACAGUAUCUCAGAUCAAACACAUUCAGAUGCUCAAAGUCUUGAUACGUCUGAAGUUAAAACAAGAAAGUCCAAUUCUGAAGACAUAGAAAAACAUAACAGUGUCUCCGAUCUAACAUAUUCAGAUACUCAAAGUUCAUAUACGUCUGAAGUUAAAGCAAGAGAGUCCAUUCCUGAAGACAUAGUAAAACAUAGCAGUAUCUCAGAACCAAAAUAUUCAGAUACUCAAAGGUUAACUGAUAAGUCUGACGACAAAGCGAAGAAACCCAUCUUUGUUGAUACAGAAAAGCGAUACAGUGAUCAGAAACAUUUGAAAAAAAGUUUCGAUUCAGAAACAGAUACAGAUAAAAGUGAAAUUCUGAAAACCGGCGUUUUAGGCAGCGACACUGAUUGGACAAAUGAUCUACAAAAUAAAUCGUAUAAUGAACCUAUUUUUGUGUACAAAAGGGAUAAAGAUGAAAAAUCUGUAAGCGGUAACGGUAAAGAUUAUACAGACGCGCUAUUUCUAAACAAAGAAAUAAAAACUCCAACACUCCAUGAUAAUUAUAAAAUAGACUUUAUAGGAAAUCAAAACAAAGAUAGUAAAGAAAUUAAUAUAAUAAAUCAAUUUCCUAGAAACAUCCCUCCUAAAUUUGCAAAGAUUCCAAAAGUUGAUCAAGAUAAAAUAAAACUUACCAAUGAAUAUGACAAAAUAAUUGGAACAAAACGUAUUACUAAUGAAUCAGAAAAAUCUGCUGGAUCAAUGUCGUCUUUUAAAAAUUAUGACAGAGUAGAUACUACUGAAUUAGUGUUACCUAUAAAUAGAGGCAACAACGACGUUGAAAUAAUUACAGAACCUCCAAAAACUUUGAAUGGAACCACAGAUUCAAACGAUGAUUUUGGAAUCGUAAUUACUGAAAUAACCGAUACUACAAAUAUUCCGAUAUUAUCUUCUGAUCAAUAUGAUAAACCAUUAAAACGCACAUUAAAUAAAGACUCAAUUCCUGUUGAUUUCGGAUUCUAUAGUCAUCUUAAUGAUAAAAAUGAACGAAUUAUUACAUCAUUCGAUACUAAACAUGUGCCUAAGCUAUUACCAAAUGAUUUGGUAACAAUAGUUAAAUCCGAAAUCAGGAUUUCAAACGAAAUACGCAUUCCUGUAGAUAAGGAACAUGAAAUGUAUAUUGAAAUAAAAAAAACAAAAGAUAAACGUUCUUCUAUUAGCGAAUCUGGGUUUCAGAUUGUGACCGAAAACGGUAAACGGAAAUCCACAGACCCCAAAGGUAAGUAG